AUGGGGCUGCAAGCGAGGCGCACGGCGUCCCGGAGCCCCGACGCUGCGGGCCCGCGCCCGGCCGUCCUGCUGCCGCUGCUGCCGCUGCUGCUGUGCCCGGGUGCCUGCGGGGCUGCAGCGCCGGGCGCGGCGGAGGCACCCACCCUCUAUCUGUGGAAGACCGGUCCAUGGGGCCGAUGCAUGGGAGACGAAUGUGGUCCAGGCGGCAUUCAGACCCGGGCUGUGUGGUGUGCUCAUGUGGAAGGAUGGACAACGUUGCAUACAAACUGCAAGCAGGCCGAGAGACCCAGUAACCAGCAAAAUUGUUUCAAAGUUUGUGACUGGCACAAAGAGUUAUACGACUGGAGGCUGGGACCCUGGAAUCACUGUCAGCCUGUGAUUUCAAAAAGCCUGGAGAAACCCCUUGAGUGCGUUAAAGGGGAAGAAGGCAUUCAGGUGCGAGAGAUAAUGUGCGUCCAGAAAGAGAAAGACAUCCCUGCGGAGGAUAUCAUUUGUGAGUACUUUGAGCCCAAGCCUCUCCUGGAACAGGCCUGCCUCAUCCCCUGCCAGCAAGAUUGCAUUGUGUCUGAGUUUUCUGCCUGGUCGGAAUGCUCCAAGACUUGUGGCAGUGGGCUCCAGCACCGGACGCGCCACGUGGUCGCGCCCCCACAGUUUGGAGGCUCAGGCUGUCCAAAUCUGACUGAGUUUCAGGUGUGCCAGUCCGGUGCCUGUGAAGCUGAAGAGAGCAUGUACAGCUUGCAGGUGGGGCCCUGGAGCACGUGCUCGAUACCCCACUCGAGGCAAGUAAGACAAGCAAGGAGACGUGGGAAGAAUAAAGAACGGGGCAAGGACCGAGGGAAAGGAGUGAAGGAUCCAGAGGCCCGUGAACUGAUCAAGAAAAAGAGAAAUAGAAACAGACAGAACCGACAAGAGAACAAAUAUUGGGACAUCCAGAUUGGAUACCAGACCAGAGAAGUUAUGUGUACUAACAAGACAGGGAAAGCUGCUGAUUUGAGCUUUUGCCAACAAGAGAAGCUGCCGCUGACCUUCCAGGCCUGUGUGAUCACCAAGGAGUGCCAGGUGUCAGAGUGGUCUGAGUGGAGCCCCUGCUCAAAAACGUGCCAUGAUAUGGCAUCCCCUAAAGGCACCCAUGUGAGGACGCGGCUCAUCAGGCAGUUUCCUAUUGGCAGUGAGAAGGAGUGUCCAGAACUUGAGGAAAAAGAACCCUGUGUGUCUCAAGGAGAUGGAGUUGCCCCCUGUGCCAUGUAUGGCUGGAGGACUACAGAGUGGACUGAGUGCCGUGUGGACCCUCUGCUCAGUCAGCAGGACAAGAGGCGGGGCAACCAGACGGCCCUCUGCGGAGGAGGGGUCCAGACCCGAGAGGUGUACUGCGUGCAGGCCAACGAGGACCUCCUCUCACACUUAAACACCCAGAAGGACAAAGAAGCCUCAAAACCAGUGGACGUGAAAUCGUGCUCUGGCCCUAUCCCUAAUACAACACAGCUGUGCCACAUUCCCUGUCCUAUUGAAUGUGAGGUUUCACCUUGGACAGCUUGGGGACCUUGUACUUACGAAAAUUGUAAUGACCAGCAGGGCAAAAAAGGUUUUAAACUGAGGAAACGGCGCAUUACCAAUGAGCCCACUGGAGGCUCUGGGGGCGCUGGGAACUGCCCUCACCUACUAGAAGCCAUUCCCUGUGAGGAGCCAUCCUGCUAUGACUGGAAAGCAGUGAGGCUAGGAGACUGUGAACCAGAUAAUGGAAGGGAGUGUGGUCCAGGCACUCAAAUUCAAGAGGUUGUGUGCAUCAACAGUGAUGGAGAAGAAGUUGACAGACAGCUGUGCAGAGACGCCAUCUUCCCCAUCCCUGUUGCUUGCGACGCCCCGUGUCCCAAGGACUGUGUGCUCAGCAUGUGGUCUACGUGGUCUUCCUGCUCCCACACCUGCUCAGGGAAAACCACAGAAGGGAAACAGAUACGAGCGCGGUCCAUCCUGGCCUAUGCAGGAGAGGAAGGUGGAGCUCAGUGUCCAAAUAGCAGUGCUUUGCAAGAGGUGCGCAGCUGUAACGAGCAUCCCUGUACUGUGUACCACUGGCAAACUGGUCCCUGGGGCCAGUGCAUCGAGGACACCUCAGUUUCGUCCUUCAACACAACUACAACUUGGAACGGGGAGGCCUCUUGUUCUGUUGGCAUGCAGACAAGAAAAGUCAUCUGUGUGCGGGUCAAUGUUGGCCAAGUGGGACCCAAAAAGUGUCCUGAAAGCCUUCGACCUGAAACAGUGAAGCCCUGUCUGCUUCCUUGUAGGAAGGACUGUAUCGUGACGCCAUACAGUGACUGGACCUCAUGCCCUUCCUCGUGUAAAGAAGGGGACUCCGGAAUCAGGAAGCAGACUCGGCACCGGGUCAUCAUUCAGCUGCCAGCCAAUGGAGGCAAGGACUGCACGGAUCCUCUCUAUGAAGAGAAGGCCUGCAAGGCCCCUCAAGUGUGCCAGAGCUACAGGUGGAAGACUCACAAAUGGCGCAGGUGCCAGUUAGUCCCUUGGAGUGUGCAACAGGACAGCCCUGGAGCGCAGGAGGGCUGUGGGCCCGGACGCCAGGCAAGAGCCAUUACUUGUCGAAAGCAAGAUGGUGGACAGGCUGGUAUCCAUGAAUGUCUCCGGUAUGCAGGCCCCGUGCCAGCCCUCACCCAAGCCUGCCAGAUCCCCUGCCAAGAUGACUGUCAGUUUACCAGCUGGUCCAAGUUUUCUUCAUGCAGUGGAGGCUGUGGUGCAGUUAGGACCAGAAAGCGCACCAUUGUUGGAAAAAGUAAAAAGAAGGAAAAAUGUAAAAAUUCUCAUUUGUACCCCCUGAUUGAGACGCAGUAUUGUCCCUGUGACAAGUAUAAUGCACAGCCUGUGGGGAACUGGUCAGACUGCAUUUUGCCAGAGGGGAAAGUGGAAGUGUUGCUGGGAAUGAAGGUACAAGGAGACAUCAAGGAAUGUGGUCAAGGAUAUCGUUACCAAGCAAUGGCGUGCUACGAUCAAAAUGGCAGGCUCGUGGAGACAUCCAGAUGUAACAGCCAUGGUUACAUUGAAGAGGCCUGCAUCAUCCCCUGCCCCUCAGACUGCAAGCUCAGUGAGUGGUCCAAUUGGUCACGCUGCAGCAAGUCCUGUGGGAGUGGCGUGAAGGUUCGGUCUAAAUGGCUGCGUGAAAAACCCUAUAAUGGAGGAAGACCAUGCCCGAAACUGGACCAUGUCAACCAGGCCCAGGUGUAUGAGGUUGUCCCUUGCCACAGUGACUGCAGCCAGUACGUAUGGGUUACAGAGCCAUGGAGCAUCUGCAAGGUGACCUUCGUGAACAUGCGGGACAACUGUGGAGAGGGCGUGCAAACCCGAAAAGUGAGAUGCAUGCAGAACACGGCAGAUGGCCCUUCUGACCACGUAGAGGAUUACCUCUGUGACCCAGAAGAGAUGCCUCUGGGCUCUAGAGAGUGCAAAUUACCAUGUCCUGAGGAUUGUGUGAUAACUGAAUGGGGUCCGUGGACCCGAUGCACUUUGCCUUGCAAUCAAAGCAGUUUCCGGCAAAGGUCAGCUGAUCCCAUCAGACAACCUGCUGAUGAAGGAAGAGCCUGCCCUGACGCUGUUGAGAAGGAACCCUGUAACCUGAACAAAAACUGCUUCCACUAUGAUUAUAAUGUAACAGACUGGAGUACGUGCCAGCUGAGUGAGAAGGCAGUUUGUGGAAAUGGCAUGAAAACAAGGAUGUUGGAUUGUGUUCGAAGCGAUGGCAAGUCGGUUAACCUGAAAUAUUGUGAAGAGCUCGGCCUGGAGAAGAACUGGCAGAUGAACACGUCCUGCAUGGUGGAAUGUCCUGUGAACUGUCAGCUUUCUGACUGGUCUCCUUGGUCAGAGUGUUCUCAAACAUGUGGCCUCACAGGAAAAAUGAUCCGAAGAAGAACAGUAACCCAGCCCUAUCAGGGUGAUGGAAGACCGUGCCCUGCCCUCAUGGAACAGUCUAAGCCUUGCCCAGUGAAGCCCUGUUAUCGGUGGCAAUACAGCCAGUGGUCUGCAUGCCAGGUGCAGGAUGCCCAGUGUGGCGAAGGGACCAGAACAAGGAAUAUUUCUUGUGUAGUGAGUGAUGGGUCAGCUGAUGAUUUCAGCAAGGUAGUGGAUGAAGAAUUCUGUACUGAUAUUGAACCCAUUAUAGAUGGUAAUAAAAAAGUGGUUCUUGAGGAAACCUGCACCCAGCCUUGCCCAGGUGACUGUUAUUUGAAGGAGUGGUCUUCCUGGAGCCUGUGUCAGCUGACCUGUGUGAAUGGUGAGGACCUAGGUUUUGGUGGAAUACAGGUCCGUUCCAGAGCGGUGAUUAUACAAGAGCUAGAGAAUCAAUAUCUGUGCCCAGAGCAGAUGUUAGAAACAAAAUCAUGUGAUGAUGGACAGUGUUACGAGUAUAAAUGGAUGGCUAGUGCUUGGAAGGGCUCUUCCCGAACAGUCUGGUGUCAAAGAUCAGAUGGUAUAAAUGUAACAGGGGGCUGCUUGGUGGUGCGCCAGCCUGAUGCUGACAGGUCUUGUAAUCCACCGUGUAGUCAACCCCACUCGUACUGUAGCGAGACAAGGAUAUGCAGUUGUGAAGAAGGGUACACUGAAGUCAUGUCUUCCAAUGGUACACUUGAGCAAUGCACACUUAUCCCCGUGGUGGCGAUACCCACUGUGGAGGACAAAAGAGGAGAUGUGAAAACCAGUCGGGCAGUACAUCCAACCCAACCCUCCAGUAACCCAGCAGGACGGGGAAGGACCUGGUUUCUACAGCCAUUUGGGCCAGAUGGGAGACUAAAGACCUGGGUUUACGGUGUAGCAGCUGGGGCGUUUGUGUUACUCAUCUUCAUUGUCUCCAUGAUCUAUCUAGCUUGCAAAAAGCCAAAGAAACCCCAAAGAAGGCAAAACAACCGACUGAAACCUUUAACCUUAGCCUAUGAUGGAGAUGCAGACAUGUAAACCAUAACUUAUCCUGCAACAACCAGUCUCAGCUUUCUAUCUUUGCUGUAGAUAUCCAGAGGCCACAAAGCUAUUCAAACUGUAUGGAUUAAAAUACAUUGUAACUUCUUAAAAGAUCAUCAUAAGAGUGAAAAUCACAGUGCCACUGGAGAUAUCAAGACAGUACCACUUACAUAGAAACCAUCAGCCUUGAGAAUUCUAGGAGAUUUAGUUGAAUACAUGCUGCAUUCUGAGAGUUUUAUGUGAUCUUUCUGAAAUCUACCAACUGAUAAUUCACUUUCAUCUCUAAAAUACGGUGGUGGGCUUGGCCAGUUAGGAUGCCUGAUGCAAGCCUCUGUCUGCAGUUAACCAUAGUAACAUUUUUGCAUGAAGAGUUUAUACCAAGAUCUCUACACUACUAUAGUCAAACCUAACAACAUAUAUACUCAAUUGAUGAUACACAUUAUGUCAGAUUAUGUACUUGUUAAUAAGCAAUUUUAAUGGUGAAUAAAGAUAAACUCUAAACUGAGCAGAAAACCCACUGAAUAAAUUCAGCAUCCUGGUGAUUGAUGGUAGUUUCAUUGACCUGCAUUUCAGAGGCAAAGACCCUUUUAUAAGACUUAAUUCUUGUCUCUCUCCAAACUACAAAUGCUGGACAGGUACUAGUACCUUAGAAGAGUCCUCAAGUUCAGUAUUUUAUAGUGGUUAUUGUCUGGAAAACUAAUUUGCUUGUGUUAAUACAGUAUGUUUCUACUUUCUCUAAUUUUCAAACUGGUUGCCUGCAUCUUUUUUGCUAUAUGGAAGGCACAUUUUUGCACUAUAUUAGUGCAGCAUGAUAGGCACUUAACCAGUAUUGCCAGAGAAACUGCCUCUUUUCAUAUGGGAUGAAGACAUCUGUGCUCAGAGUGUCAUGGAGACAUUUACAAGUUCUUGUGUCCUAAAGAGAGUAAAGUUCAGUUGGGAUGGCGACAAGGAUGGAAUUAGCUAUUACAUCUGCUGCACACGCUUCCUCAUCACCGCAGCCAUUGUGAAAUCAACAACAUGGCGGUAAUUUAAGUGUUUAAAUCCUGAACUCACUAACUCUCCAAAAGAUGGAUCCCUCUAGUUGGUUUUUAAUUGUACUUUGAAGGCUGUUUAUGACUAGAUUUUUAUACUUGUUAUCUUUGUUAAAAAAAAAAAAGAAAAGAAAAAAAGGAGCUGGUUGUCUUUUUAAUUUUGAGCAGAUGGAAAAAAUGUGUUUGUGAUUUUUGUAACUAAAAGAAAUCAAAAUUGUGUGUUGAUUAUUUCUUUCUCCCUGAUUUGUUUUCCUAGUUUCCUAUGGAAUGUCUUUCAAAAUCCAUUGUUUUGUCUUUCUCACCAGUAAAAUUUGAAGUGAAUCUUUUUAAUGUAUGAUAUCAAAAACUAGAAUUUUUAAAAGACAAGAAUAUUUUGUCCAGGGCUUCAUUAAAUAUCUAGACCAAGGGUGGCACACUUUUUCUGUAAAAGGUCAGAUGGUGAAGAUUUUCAGCCAGGUCUAUGUUGCAACGUCUCCAUUCUGCCGUUGUGAGAACGCAGCCAUAGACAAUACACAGUACAGUACCUAAAAGAAUGAGCAUGGAUGUUUUCCAAUAAAGCUUUCUUUAAAAGAAGUCAGCAGGCCACAUUUGUUGUGGUUUGCUGGCCCUGGUCUAGAAGCUUUUCCAGUGCUAACUCACUCUCCAUUGUGUCAUCUUGAGCUUUCAUUCAUUUACCCUCAGACUGCGAUCAGUGUUUAAUUUCAAAAAUGAAAAACAGUCAUUCAACUUAUCACUGUAUUGGAAGUAGCUAUAUUUUUCACAGAUGUAGCCCUGGGAAUGGCACAGUAAAAUGAUAUCUAACUCGGCUGGUUUCUUUUGUAUGAAAGGAAAAUUCAAAACGUGCCAUUAAAAAAGCGAUACCAUUUUUCAGGCAACAUUUAUUGCGACAACCUUUGGGAGACGGAAGGACAUUACGUUUUCAGGUCUUUAAAAAAUAGCAUCACAAGCUAUUCUAUCUUAAACAUAGCUGUGUUGCUACACAAGUGGUUUGGACUAGAAGGUAUCUUACCUUCAUACUAGAGUUUGAGCUCCCCCCUACUGUUUGCUAGAGUAUUUGCAAAGAUUACAAAAGAUAGAUUGGAAUGUCGUUGUCCCUCAAAUAAACAGAUUUCUACAUAUUUCGA